AUGGCAAAUUCAAAACACCAGAGAUCAAUCCAGUUCGACCCAAACGUCACAGGGGUCGGGACUAUCAGCCUUGAUGAUUAUACACCCCGCGAGAUCGCAGCAACAUGGUACGAUGAGGAAGCAAUGGACAGCAUCACAAGACGCUGUGUCAGGAUACUCAAGAGAAUGGAAACCAAUGAUCUCAAACAAGGUGACAAGAAGUAUUGCACUCGGGGCCUUGAGGGUCACACCACACUAGGCUCCAUCAACAAGAGGAGGAGCAGAUCAGCUGCAGUCGCAGCAGUACUCGAAGAACAAGCCCGACAGCGGGACGAAAGCGCAGAGAUAGAUGCGCAAGCCAUUGCUGAUGCCUACACAAGAACGACAUCGAGUUGCCAAAUGUGGGCUCGCGUCAUGGGCAAUCGUGACCAAGUGGCGGCUGAAGCAUUCCUCUACCAAGCUGAUGACGACGACUGCAAAGGAGCUGUCACUAGAUCGGCAGCUACUCCAACUUCAAGAACCAAAUCAAGGAAAGAGCUCAAUCUUGCGAGCCCUCAUCAAAUCGGGCUGAUAUCAGAUACAAGUAUUGUUGGUGAACAUGUUCCGCAGCCAACUGUAAGAGCGGCGGCCGCGUAG